UCUCUGUCGUAGUGCACAUCGCCAGUUAUUCUUCGUGUCAAGCUCGCGUAUUUCUGCCUCGCUAUGUGAGCAUAAAGACGCUUUAGAUGCAUCCGACUAAAAAGCAUCAUGUUUACCACGCUCGACGCCAGAACGGCCAACACCGCUCGAGCAUGCGAUCAAUGCAAGAUCCGGAAAGUUAAAUGCAACUUCUCGAAGCCAUGUACAACAUGUGAUGUCAGAGGACUGGUCUGUAGCUACGAGCAUCCGCGUAAAAGACGCGGACCAGCAGGUAAACGAAUUGCUGAGAUUCAGCGGCAUCAAAAGAAUCUCCACGGACAAGGAGAUAAUAAUGUAUUCGAAUCAGCACCCGGAAACGACCUUCAGGGCUUGAAUGUCUCUAGAUCCGAUCAGACAUCGUUAGAUCCAGCCUACCAGGAGCGCAAUAUGAGUUUAUCAAGUUACGAGUCUAGAUCUUGGCCAGCAAGCCAUGCAUCCACUAGUCCUCAGGAUAAUGUCUCUCCUUAUCCCGGUCUGCACGAUCAGAGGACAGAGUCAACUGCAGGGAGACCACUCGGACUAUCGACAACUCGAGGAUCAUUACUACAACCAGAUACUCGAAGCUUAGAGCGAAACGGUUCUGAUAUCGCACUACUAUUGAAUCCUGACACCUCUCACGAGACGGAAAUUGUUUUCCCUAGCCUACCCAUCGAAUCACCGGCAUGUGCCACCAUGGACGACGCCUUUGGUUCUAUCCAGCAGGAGGACUUGCCUCGAAUCCAACAAAAGGACGAUGUGUGGCCAUCGAUUGUCAACGAGCAAACGCUACUCCCUUGGAUUGAUGUGUACUUCAAACGUCUACACCCUACGAUCCCCAUUCUUAACCGUCCCAACUUGUACUGUGAGAUGCUACUCCGCAAGCAUCGGACUGAUCCUCAAUAUGGUGCUAUGCUCCUCAGUCUCGCAGCAUUUGCAAUGGAACAGCCUGUGCAGAUACACGAACAGGCUAUGAAAGCUUCGAGAUCAGUACAAUCUCGAAUGCUGCUCCAAGAGUGUGCCAAGAUGCGCGUUGCUGCUAACUUUGGGGAAGAGCCCACAGUUGACAUGAUCCUGACAAGCUUUUUCAUGUUCGCUUGCCUCUUUGGUUCUGGUGAGCACAAAGCUGCUCGACAUCGCCUUCGUGAAGCUGUAGAUCUCGCAUUUUCGCUUGGCUUGCAUCUGCCACAGUCGUAUCAAGAUCUAUCCCCGGAAGUGCGAGAAAAAUGGCUACGGACAUACCUGGUCCUGUCUGUUACUGAACGAGCUUAUGCUUUACAGCAGAAUCACGUAAUUAGCUUCCGUGGUCGACCCGGCAUCACUGCGCGAUUCAUGCAAGCAUUCGACGUCUCCAUGACUAAUGAAUACAUUGCUUCGCUCAUUUUCCCAGAUCAAGAUGUGAAAGCUGAUGCAGUGAGCAUGACUGGCCUGUUGUACUUGAUGGAUAGCUUCGAUGCCAUAGACGAGGUUAUUAUGGACUGCUGGAAUGGCUAUUGCCGUAGCUCCGAUGGAAUAUGCGAUUCUUUCGAUCGCCGUCGGGCGCUGCAGAUGUUUCGAGCACAAUACCGUGUCCGUGAGGGCUGUUUGACCGGGAAUAUAUCAUACGCACCAUCAGUGACCCCGGUACCUCUCUCGCAACUCUUGGAAAGCCAGCAAGCAGACAUUUCCAUUACUCAAAUCUGGCUCCUCAAUCGCCUCUGGCUGCUCUGCUUCUCCCAUGGUCUAAUCCGCGAAGACUCUGAGCACCGAGAGCUUCGAUACGAUUUCAGUGCUCAGCUUGCCCAUGCAACCCUGAACAUCUGCGAAUCACUCUCACUAGCUGCGAUGGAAGUACAUGGACUUGGAUUCUUGAUGAAAAUCUACGACAUUGCAAUGGGUCUUGUGACGGCUCUUCAAUCAUCUGCCAAUCUAAAUAUGGACACUCCCAGUACAUCGGUAUUUGAGGAUGUAUUCCCGGGUUGUCCAAUCUCACUGAGAACGAACCCCUGUAUUCAAACACUCCUCGAAGAUAUAGGACGUCUAAUGAAAAGUUUCCGUGGAGGGGACCAUCACUUCAAUGGGAUGCUGGAUACAGCCGUCUCAGGCGUUAUGGGCCUCACAUAACCUCCAGGACAGCGAACAGACCUUCCUUCACAUCUUCUAACGUUGCGCUCUCGAAGCCUCGCCUCAAAGAAUACACGUGAGAAUAUGAAAUCA